AUGUCUCAUGUGGAAGAAGCAGCCUGCCAGCUAUCCAAACAGGGUUCAACCCUCUAUGCAGUGCUGGAGGUUAAGAAGGGUGCCUCACUUAAAGAGAUCAAGAGAUCCUACAGCCAUUCUUCCAUCCCUUCCCACCCUCCUUUUGGAUAUUGCUUGGGUAGGAGACUGGCCUUGAAGUACCAUCCAGACAAGAAUCCAGACAAUCCUCAAGCAGCAGAAAUCUUCAAAGAGAUCAACACAGCCCAUGCUAUACUGAGCGAUCCUAAGAAGCGGGAAAUCUAUGACGAGCAUGGCUCAUUGGGAAUAUACCUGUAUGAUCAUUUUGGCGAAAGUGGUGUCAAAUACUAUUUCAUAGUGCACAGUUGUUGGUUCAAGACACUCGUCGUCCUGUGUACACUGUUAACUUGCUGUUGCUGCUGUUGCUGCUGCUGCUUUUGCUGUGGGACACUCACACCACCACCUGAAGAGGACAGUAGGGAAUAUCCACCGAAUGUCUAUACUCAGCCUUCAAAGGCAGUGAGCCAAAGUGAAGAAAAGAUAGUCAUUCACCUUAUGCUGGCCUCUUCCAUUAAGCUAAGGAAUGGGUUACAAGGGCUUGGCCUAGAGGAAGUAGUUGAAGAUAGGGUCACUCACGCGGGGCGCCGGCGGCGACAGCUGUGGCUCUCCUUACAGAAGCUAAAUCGGGAGCUGGAAUGUCACGCCGAGGGCCCCCGCGCCCCACCCCCGGCCCGUGCUCCUGUUAUUCUCCUGCCUGCCGAGGAGCCAGUAGGGGCCCCAGGAGUGAAUGAGAGUGGUUUGGGGGGAAAGGGGACGUUCACGGGGAGGGAGGGCCGCCUGCACGCGCGCACCUGCCCCGGGGUGAGGAGCAGGGACCGGGAGACCGCGCGGUGCCCCGUCCCGGGAGCCGCGGAGGGAAGCUGA